GACUGAAGGAGGAGAGACACGCGAAGUUUGUAAUUUGUAAGCAAACGUGGUUUUAUUUCUGUUUAAAACGGAGUACCUUUGUUAUGUGACUUCGAAGCUAAAGUUAGCUCAAGAUAGGGGUUAACAGUUAGUACCAAGGCGUUUGGGACAUUGCUGCCUUUACACGAGACGGCGCACGCCUUCAGUUCAUGGAUCGGUGCGUUUAAACUUAUAAUUGCGACUCUGUGCUGGCGUUUGUGUUCUGCCGUGGUUCGAUUCUCGGUGAGAUGCGGGAGAUAUUACUGAGCGCAUUUGAAACAAGAAGUGCGAGCAAGUUUCUAUUUACGAGGGAGAGAGCUACGGACAUAACCGGAUAGCGCACCCAGCCACCGGAAGCGGAAGGUGUUCAUCCGGAUACGAGGGACGUUCGGUGCUUUGCGGGAGGAUCACAGUGGGCGAUUAUCCGGGUGCUUUGGAUUAUAGAGCCUCGGUACUGUGUGUCUUUGUUUUGUCUGCUCACGCGAGCGAAGCGGCCAAUUUAAGUUUCAAAGGCAUCUACGCACUCCAGCCGCGACACAGUUCUGCAUCGGGGGGUUAUGUCUCCAGGUCAUGGCUGUCUUCAUAAACUCAAAUACAACAGUGCUGUAGCAGGUCUUUGACAAUUGAGAACAGAACUUUAAGAUGAGUCUCACACAAGAACAGAGUGAAAGAUCACCUUCUGUAUUGAGCUCUGUGUUGCUGAAGAGCUAUCAUUCCAAAGGUGGUGGACCAAACUUCAGUGAGAAAAGACCAUCAGUUAUCAAAAGUAACCGAUGGCAAGAAACCUUAAUAAAUAUUGGUUCAGAAAUCACUCGAUGGAAAACACUAAAAGAACAAAGAGGAAUACACAGUGAUGUAGAACUGGCAACUUUUCUGAUGGACAGGAUUCAGUGUGAGAAAUCAGCUGCAGACCUCCAUAAUUUUGAAGAUGAUCUUUCCCACAUCUUUCAGGGUCUUGAAAACAAAAUAGCUGUAUUUUUUAAGAAUGAGCUGGAAAGGUUUAAGAAAAUAUUGAAAAAUGAAAACGCACAAUACUACGUGAAGGACUUUGAGGAGAACAAAAACAACAUCAGGGAAGCAGCCCUUGAUGUCACAAUCCACUUUCUGAGAAGUAUGGAACAAGAUGAACUUGCUGAUACUCUGGAAGAUGAGCUGAUCUACACAUGUCAACUAAAAUCAGACCUGGAGAAGAAGUAUCAAUGUGUGUUUGAAGGAAUUGCAAAGCAGGGUGACUCCACACUUCUAAAUAAGAUCUACACGGAUCUGUACAUCACUCAGGGUGGAGGUGAACAAGUCAAUACUGAACACGAGGUAAGACAGAUCGAGGUUGCUUCCAGACGUCUAGAAUCACCAGACAUACAGAUUCAAUUCAAGGAUUUGUUUAAACCACAUGAACAAACACAGACCAUCAGAACGGUACUAACAAAAGGAGUUGCUGGCAUUGGAAAAUCUGUCUCGGUGCAAAAGUUUGUUCUGGACUGGGCUGAAGGAAAAGAAAACCAGGAUAUCAGCUUCAUAUUUCCUCUUCCUUUCCGAGAGAUGAACUUGAAAGAGAAAGCAGAAGUAAGUUUGAUGGAUCUUUUAUGUGAGUUUUUCCCAGAGAUUAAAGGACUGGACCUUACCAGAAAAAACAAAAAGGUUCUGUUCAUCCUUGAUGGUUUGGAUGAAUGUCGUCUUCCUCUGAAGUUUGAUGGUAAUGAGAUAUGGAGUGAUAUCACAUCACCUGCUCCUCUGGAUGCUCUCCUGACAAACCUCAUCAAAGGAAAUCUGCUUCCUUCUGCUCACAUCUGGAUAACCACCAGACCAGCAGCAGCCAGUAAGAUUCCUCCUGAGUGUAUCGACCUGGUGACAGAGGUCCGAGGAUUCAAUGAUCUACAGAAGGAAGAAUACUUCAGAAAAAGAUUCACAGAUGAGAAUAUGGCCGACACAAUCAUUGAUCACGUAAAGAAAUCAAAGAGUCUCUUCAUCAUGUGCCACAUCCCAGUGUUCUGCUGGAUCUCAGCCACUGUGCUCCAGAACAUUCUGGAAGAGAAGAAAAUGGAGAAUUCUGAUGACACGACCAAAACACUUCAGGAGGAGUUAAGCAAUGAUGAUACUCCUAGGACUCUGACACAAAUGUACACACACUUCUUUCGCUUUCAGAUUCAACAGAGCAGAAGAAAGUAUGAUGGAGAAUACUCGCCUGAUAUCUCCUGGGACAUGGAGUCAAUCUAUUCACUGGGGAAACUGGCUUUUGAACAACUGGAAAAAAACAACCUGAUCUUCUAUAAGUCAGAUCUGGAGGACUGUGGCAUUGACGUCUCUAAAGCUUCUGUGUAUUCAGGGAUGUGCACUCAGAUCUUUAAACGGGAGACGGGGAUCAUUCUUGGUACUGUGUACUGCUUUGUUCACAUGAGCAUUCAGGAGUUUAUCGCAGCUCUGUAUGCUCAUCUGUUUCUAGACAAGAACAAGAAAAAUGUAUUUGUUCAAGAGCACAAAGAACAGGAAAACAACGAUGAAACAAUGACUGGUUUACUGAAGACUGCAGUGGACAAGGCACUUGAGAGUGACAAUGGACAUCUGGAUCUUUUCCUCCGCUUCCUCCUCGGUCUGUCACUUGAGUCCAAUCGACCACUCCUACGAGGUCUGUUGUCACAAGAAGAGAGCAAUAAGCAGAACAACACAGAAAUAGUCCAGUACAUCAAGCAGAAAUUUGAAGAUAGUUUACAUCCAGAGAGAUCCAUCAAUCUGUUCUACUGUCUGAAUGAACUGAAUGAUCAAACUCUGGUACAAGAGGUUCAGAAGCAUCUUAGUGAAGGAAGUCUGUCAUCUUCUGACCUCUCACCUGCUCAGUGGUCAGCUCUCGCUUUUGUGUUGCUGACAUCAGAUGAGGAACUGGAGGAGUUUGAGCUUCAGAAAUUCAAGAAAUCUGAUGAGUGUCUCAUUAGAUUACUGGCCGUUGUCAAGUCCUCCAAACAAGCUCUGUUAAAUGACUGUAAUCUAACAGACAAGAGUUGUUCAGCUCUGGCUAAAGUUCUGAGCUCAGAAAACAGUCUUGAGGAGCUAAACAUGAGCAAUAAUCAUCUACAGGAUUCAGGGGUCAAGCUACUCUGUGCUGGACUGAAGAACAUGACAUGUGAAUUAAAGAAACUGAGUGUGUCCGAGUGCAGUAUUGGAGAAGAAGGUUAUAAAUCUUUAUGUUCAGCUGUGAGAUCAAACCCUGAAUCACAUCUGAUAGAUCUGGAUCUCAGAGGAAAUGAUCCUGGAGAAACAGGAGUCAAACUCAUCUAUCAGUUAACACAAGAUCAGACGUGUUCACUCAAGACUGUCAGUCUCAGUAACAGCAGUAUUACAGCAGGAGGGUGUAUUGAUCUGAUGUCAGCUUUCACUUCAAACCCUUCACAUCUGACACAUCUGGAUCUGAGUAAAAACAAACUAGAAGAUUCAGGAAUGAAGAAGAUCUCUGAUCUGUUGAGUCACUCACAGUGCAGACUACACAAACUCAAUGUGUCCGAGUGCAGUAUUGGAGAAGAAGGUUAUAAAUCUUUAUGUUCAGCUGUGAGAUCAAACCCUGAAUCACGUCUGAUAGAUCUGGAUCUCAGAGGAAAUGAUCCUGGAGAAACAGGAGUCGAACUCAUCUAUCAGUUAAUACAAGAUCACAAGUGUUCACUCAAGACUGUCAGAUUUCUGAAGAGUUGUGCUGCAGAAGAAGCUUGUGAUUAUCUCUGUAAAGCUCUAGAUGUGUAUCCAUUACUGCUGAAAGAACUCAAUCUGAGUCACAAUAAACUGGGAGAUCUGGAUGGAGAGAAACUCUCGGCUCUAUUGAUGGACUCUCAUAGCAAAGUCACCAAAAUCAUAUUGAAUAACUGUGAGCUGACGGAGAAUCAGUGUUCAGCUCUAGCUGCUGUUCUCUCCUGUAAAACCCUCGUGAAGGAGAUGAAUCUCAACAACAGUCGACUGAUGGAUUCAGGACUCAAACACAUCUGUGACAAACUCAAGAACCCUCAGUGUCAUCUCCAGAUACUCAAGUGAGUUCAUCUAU